AUGAUCGCCUCCCACCUCCUCGCGUACUUCUUCACCGAGCUCAACCAUGACCAGGCGCAGAAGGUUGACAAGUACCUGUACCACAUGCGGCUCUCUGAGGAGACGCUCCAGGAGGUGUCCCAGCGCUUCGGGAAGGAGAUGGAGAAGGGGCUGGGAGCAGACACCAACCCCACUGCCUCGGUGAAGAUGCUGCCAACCUUCGUGAGAUCCACCCCGGAUGGGACAGAGGAUGGGGACUUCCUGGCACUGGAUCUUGGAGGCACCAACUUCCGUGUGCUGAGGGUGAAGGUGUCGGACAAUGGCCUGCAGAAGGUGGAGAUGGAGAACCAGAUCUAUGCCAUCCCCGAGGAGCUCAUGCGAGGCAGUGGGGUGCAGCUCUUUGACCACAUCGCCGAGUGCUUGGCCAACUUCAUGGAUAAGCUGAAAAUCAAAGACAAGAAGCUCCCCCUUGGCUUCACCUUCUCCUUCCCAUGCCACCAAACCAAGCUGGAUGAGAGCAUCCUUGUUACGUGGACAAAGGGGUUCAAAUGCAGCAGUGUGGAGGGGAAGGACGUGGUGUCGAUGCUGCGCAGGUCCAUCAAGAAGAGAGGGGACUUUGACAUCGACAUCGUGGCCGUGGUGAACGACACCGUGGGGACCAUGAUGACCUGUGGCUAUGAUGAUCAUAACUGCGAAGUUGGCCUCAUUGUGGGUACUGGUACCAACGCCUGUUACAUGGAGGAGAUGAGGCACAUCGACCUGGUGGAGGGCGACGAAGGCCGGAUGUGCAUCAACAUGGAAUGGGGAGCGUUUGGGGAUGACGGUGUCCUCAAAGACAUCCGGACCGAGUUCGACCACGAGAUCGACAUGGGCUCACUCAACCCUGGCAAGCAACUGUUUGAGAAGAUGAUCAGUGGGAUGUACAUGGGAGAGCUGGUGAGGCUCAUCCUGGUGAAGAUGGCCAAGGAAGGGCUUCUCUUUGGAGGAAGGCUCACACCAGAUCUGCUCACUACCGGCCACUUUGAGACCAGAUACAUCUCUGCUAUUGAGAAGGAGAAGGAAGGGCUGCAGAAAGCCCAUGAGAUCCUGAGCAAGCUGGGCCUGGAGCCAUCACACGAGGACUGUGUGGCCACACUCCGCAUCUGCCAGAUCGUGUCCACGCGCUCAGCCAACCUGUGUGGGGCCACUCUGGCUGCUGUGCUGCGUCGCAUCAAGGAUAACAAGGGUGUGGAGAGGCUGAGGUCCACGGUCGGCGUGGAUGGAUCCGUCUACAAGAAGCAUCCUCACUUCGCCCGGCGCCUCCAUAAGACAGUGCGGAAGCUGCUGCCGGAUUGUGAGAUCCGCUUCGUGCGCUCGGAGGACGGCAGUGGCAAAGGGGCAGCCAUGGUGACAGCCGUGGCCUACAGACUGGCUGCCCAGCACAAGGCACGGCAGAAGAUCCUCGAGGAGCUCAAGCUGAGCCAUGAGCAGCUCCUGGAGGUGAAGCAGAGGAUGAGGAUGGAGAUGGAGAAGGGGCUGGGCAAGGAGACGCACGCAGAGGCGGCGGUGAAGAUGCUGCCCACCUAUGUGUGCUCGACCCCGGAUGGCACAGAGAAAGGAGAUUUCCUUGCCCUGGACCUGGGAGGUACCAACUUCCGAGUGCUGCUGGUGCGCGUGAGGAACGGGAUGAGGCGCGGAGUGGAGAUGCACAACAAGAUCUACUCCAUCCCGGUGGAGAUCAUGCAGGGGACGGGAGAGGAGCUCUUUGACCACAUUGUCCACUGCAUCUCCGACUUCCUGGAAUACAUGGGAAUGAAGGGCGUAUCGCUCCCGCUUGGAUUCACCUUCUCCUUCCCUUGCCAGCAGACCAGCCUGGAUGAGGGAAUUCUGCUCAAGUGGACAAAGGGUUUCAAGGCCACCGGGUGUGAAGGAGAGGACGUGGUGAACCUGCUGAAGGAGGCCAUCCACAGGAGGGAGGAAUUCGACCUGGAUGUGGUGGCAGUGGUAAAUGACACAGUUGGCACCAUGAUGACCUGUGGAUACGAAGAUCCCUAUUGUGAAGUUGGGCUGAUUGUUGGCACAGGCAGCAACGCCUGUUACAUGGAGGAGAUGAGGAACGUGGAGCUGGUGGAAGGGGAGGAGGGCAGGAUGUGCAUCAACAUGGAGUGGGGGGCGUUUGGGGACAAUGGGUGCUUGGAUGACAUCCGGACCCAGUUCGACCUGGCGGUGGAUGAGCUGUCCCUCAACCCUGGGAAGCAAAGGUUUGAGAAGAUGAUCAGUGGGAUGUACCUGGGGGAGAUCGUCAGGAACAUCCUGAUGGAUUUCACCAAGCGAGGGCUGCUCUUCCGGGGACGGAUCUCAGAGAGGCUCAAGACCAGAGGGAUCUUUGAGACCAAGUUCCUGUCCCAGAUUGAAAGCGACUGCUUAGCCCUGCUGCAGGUCCGCUCCAUCCUGCAGCACCUGGGCCUGGAGAGCACAUGCGAUGACAGCAUCAUAGUGAAGGAGGUGUGUGCGGUGGUGGCACGGCGUGCGGCACAGCUCUGCGGUGCUGGCAUGGCUGCUGUGGUGGACAAGAUCCGGGAGAACCGCGGCCUCGACUCCCUCAAGGUCACCGUUGGUGUGGAUGGGACCCUCUACAAGCUGCACCCGCACUUCUCCACGGUCAUGCACGAGACAGUGAAGCAGUUGUCCCCCAAGUGUGAAGUGACCUUCCUGCAGUCAGAGGAUGGCAGUGGCAAGGGUGCAGCACUCAUCACAGCCGUGGCGUGCCGCAUCCGGGAGGCUGGCCAGCGGUAGGAGCAAGGAGGGGAUGCCGAAGAGCUUGGUGUCAGCAAAGCAGGACAUUCCCUUUCCUCCCCUCCCUCCGUACACACACACACACACGUGCAGCCUCCCCCUGCAAGCAGACUCUUAGCUUUACUUGUUCUCUCGAGAUCCUCCCAAGUGGGACUGGAGAUGCUGUGUGCUUUGGUAGAAAGUGUUGUCUUAGGAGUUCUAUUGCAUGCCAUAAAACCGCCUCUCGAGUAAAGCUAAAAGUGUCUUUUGGCUGUCUACCUACAUUUCCAGUUAGAGCCGGGCCUGUCCCACUCGCAGCUCUCCUCCCCACAUCUCCUAACCACUCUCACAUCUUCCCUAACAGCAGAAAGGAUAAUGCUAGAGUAAGCGAGAUGCUGCAUUGUCACUUUACGGUUAACUGGUACCUAUUUAUGUCUGUUGGAGUCCUAGCGUGUCCGUGCUGUAGAAAGCAAACCUCUUUAAGAUUGGGCUAAAGACCUCCAUUAGUCUUUUACCCUGAUCAAGGCUGUAUUAUUUCCAUGAAAGUCAUGGUAACCUUUAAAAGCACAGGGUGCAGAACCUCAACCACCAUGAGUCUGCACUGAGAGGUACCAAGUAUCUCUGGUGGUGAGCAAUAACGAACCUGCUGGGCCGAGUUAGAGGUGCCCCUUUAACCACACCAGCAGAGCACGUGCCUGGAAAUAACUGGGGACUCAGGGUCUGAUCCCAUUUCCCAACCUCUCUCCCAUACCCUGGCUAGAGUGUAGGAAUGUGGCGUGUGUCUAGGGCUGUGUUACAUCCCUUUGGAAACCACUAGCAUCCCUCCCUGGUGCAUGUGCGCGUACAGGGAGCCACCACCACGCUGGUCUCAGCCCAUGUCAUGGUCCUGUGUCUACACUUGGUGGGGGGAGUUGGGUUUGCUUCUUGGCUGUGAAAUCCUUGUGUGGCUUCAGCCUUUUAGGGGACACCUGGAUUCAAACACUGUGUAUUUAUGUUGCAAGAGAUCUUAUGUCUUUGUAUGUACAUAGUCUUGGGGGGGGGGGGGUUAUAUUGCUUAGUUUUGAUUUCACCUUUUAAUGUCGUUUAAGAAGGGUACAGAGUACUUAUUUUGGUUUUAAUUUAAAUCUUUCUUGGGGUAGACUGGAGAAAGAGAUCCCAAAUUCCCGAGGGCAGGAACACCAGAGGUUUGGCCAUUCUGGAUUUACCACCAGAACACAAGCCAGGGAUGCCGUGUGCAGGGAGAUGAGGCUGGGUUUAGCCUAAGGAGAGGUUUUAUUUUGUCCCCAUGCCCUACCUGGCCCCUUUUGCUCUUUGAAGUAUCCCAGAGCUCUGCUUGGGACCCUGUGUCCCUCGUGCCACCAUCCCGGUCACACAUCCCAAGUGUGAUGUGGUGAGGCAGAGGCGAUCCCAACCCGUUCCAUCAUGAAGUUAGCAGCAAUAACUGGUGUCACCUGAGUUCCAUUUGGCAUCCUCGGGGCUGUCUGGGAGUGUUCCCAGGGAUGUGCGUGCUCACAGCAUCCCUUUGUGCUCCUGUAGCAUCCCUUUGUGCUCCUGUAGCAUCCCUCUGUGCUCCUGUAGCAUCCCUUUGUGCUCCUGUAGCAUCCCUUUGUGUGCGUGGGGAAAAGCAGGGAUUCAUUUUUGCCAACAGAAAAGCCUAUGGAUGGAGGAGAUGCUGCAGUUCUCUGGGUGAGCAGAGGCUCAGGUAGGGCUGGGGAUGUUCCUGUAAAUAUAUAGAAGAGAAUGAAAUUCCAGUGAUGUAUAAAAAGAAUUUAACUCCUAAAUCCCACCAAGAGCCCUUCAGUUUGGAGGAUAGAGAUUUUUGUCUAUUUUUAAUGGAUAUUUUUCUACUGCUUGGGGUAACCUCAUUACCAAAAGUCUCUCUUCUAUGGCGAGGGUCAAGUUCAGCAGCACAACUUUAGGGCAAAAUUACUCUUUGGCCAUUUUAAAUGCUUAUUUUUUAUAAGCCUCAAGGCAAUUUUAACCAAUAGAACCUGCCUGUGUGUAGAAACCAUGUCAGGGACUAAGUUUAGUGCAAGUUGGAGCAGAUAGGAAAUAAAUCUGGAAAGCUGAUUAUAGAAACCCUCGAAUGUGGUACCAAGCAGUUGUGUGUGAUUCCUUCCCCAAAAACCAGCGUUUUGCCUACUGAAAAACGUUGAGAAAUGGGUUUUUUGACCUGCUGCACCAUGCAGGAGGUUGCAUUAGUGGCUGUUUUAAAACUCUUAUCCAGCUGUACCCCUUUAAAGUAGGUAGUGUUUUCAUCAGGUAGAGAGCUGCAUUCUAUACAAGGGUAGUUUUGGGGGGAAAUGGGAAGGAUUGGGACAAGGAGCAGCCCUUUGGUAGCUGAUUCAGGCUCCAGCUCAGUGAAUUGGUGGAGCAGGUGAUAAAAGGGCAAGAAGGAAAUGUGGGUAGUGAAGUACUUGGUUAGCGAGGAUGGAAGGAGCAGGGUAACCUCAUGCCCUUGCUCUGCAGCAGGAAGGAUUAGCCCUGAGCUUGCAGGAUGGUGCUGAAGUGCUGAGAGCUUUCUCCUCUCCUGGACCAGAGGGAGUAAAGGCAGGAUGAGUUACCUGGAGCAGCAGGGAAGGAGCCCACAUGGAGCUCAAUGUGGAUCUGAGCUUCCUGUGAAGUCAGGGGGGAUUUUUGGCUGGGCUUGGGCAGAUGGAUGCUCACCUGGAUGUAACCAUGAGGCUCCUGUAAAGCUUGAAAGCUUCCCCUUUGCUUUGGCUCAGAUAAAGCAGGGUCCGAAGUGUUCCUAAGUUAAAGAGCAAUACUUGAAGCACUGUAAGACACUCAUGUUAACCUGUGAUCACAGCUAUGCCCUUGGCUGUAGAGGGUUGGUUUUAUCCAACACUUGGGACUAGUUUGUGCUCCUUUGUGUCUCAAAGGGGGUGAGCACCAGAGAUGUUCGCUGUACAGUCUGAUUGUAACUUAGGUGGGACUGUAACCUCACACCAAAAUGUUGCCGUGGGAUGUUCUGUGAAUGUGUUCAAAAUGAAGAAGGGAAGAUUAAAUCCUAACUCUUGAUAUGAAGGGAAGAUCAAACUAUUAUAUGUAGGGAGAGACAGACAGCCUGAUCACCUUGACGUGCCCAGUCUGUCUCCUCUCUCCAGUAAGAAGCACUGCUUUGUGGAUUUAGGAUGGCUUUUGUUUCGCUUGGUUGUUCCCAUAAGGAUGCAUUUUCUUUGCACUCCUGGCCUUGUGCUGGCACCUUCUUUGGCCAGAAGCAGGAGGAGAACAGUGUCUUCCACUGUGGUAGCUGGAGACACUGUCCCUUUCCUCCCUGGCAAUUCUCUAUGUGUUGGUAGCUUGGGCAGGAUGUUAUUGGUACUGCUUAUUUUAAGCUAUAUAUAAAUGUAUAUGUGUGCAUAUGCACAAACAGCAAAUUUCUGAGCCUUGCAAGGGGAAUUUGCCUCUUUCCUUCUCAAAGGCAGAGCAGAAGCUGGUAUUCCAUCACCCAAGGUGAUGAGGGGUAUGUGGGAUGUGCAGAUCUCUGGCCUGAAAGCAGCUCUGGGGUAGCCUGUCCCAAAAGGCUUUUACAGCCUGGGCGCUGCCCUGGCAAUCUUAUCUCUUAUCAGCAAGCCAGGCUAUCAGAGAUAAGAGGGUGAAGGUCCACGCGCAUGGGGAGGGAGCAGGAAGAGGUGUAAACCGGUGAUAAACCCCACAACUUCCCAUGCAAGAGGUGACAGCAGCAAACUAAACUGCCCAGGGGGGAUCCUUGCACCCCCAUCUCCCCUCAAUCCCCUCCCAGCAGAUAGAAAGGGAAAUACCUUCUUUUGCUAGCUCUGGUAGAACAGUGCUCACUGCAGACAAAAGAGGCAAUUCCUGGUCACGAGGGCAUUCGGAGUGAGGAAGAGUCACCGGAUUGCCACAUUCCUGACAAGUCUGGAGGCUUUUCUGGCCUGAAGCAAAGAAAAUGCAUCUUAAUGUGGGUGUUGGCUCCGUGCGGGGCAGGGGAGUUAAGUAAAGCCAAAGACUGUUCAGCUGCUAGCAGAAACGAGUGAUUGUAGAUUCACCUGAUGUUGUUCUGUCGUGUUUACAGUAUUUAUUUUUAGUAAUUGACUGCAAUGAUAUUAUAUAUAAUAGGCUUCCUUAUUUUUGUACUUUUCAUACCGUUCUCCUGAGUGUGGUGUUGUACUUCUCAGCUCCCCCCGUUGCCAUGAUUGCUGCUCCUAGUCAGUGACAAAUAAAAGAGAGAAAACCAACCAACCAA